GCCUGGUGCUUUUCCUUCUUUCUUUCCAUCUUUCCAUUCCAUCUUUCCAUCUUUCCAUCUUUCCAUCUUUCCAUCUUUCCAUCUUUCCAUCUUUUCAUUCUUUCUUUCUCUUCCACUCAUUCCGAGAAAUCAAAAUGCUCCCUCUUCUCCUCCUGUCGCUCUCGUCCCUCGUCAGCGCCGACUCCUGGGGCGGCAGCGUCUCUCUCGGCCCAACCACGUCGGACAUCAUCCACGCCGUGACGACGAUCAUCCCCGGCGAGGCGCCCCCGACGCAGAACGGCGAGCUGUUCCUGUGGCCGGGCAUGAGCAACGGCACCGGCGAUCUCAUCCAGACCACGCUCGAAAGCUGGCCCAGCAACGCCUGGUGCGGCGCCACGACGGGCCAGUGGUGCGUGCGCGCCUCCAUCUUCGGCUCCUUUGGCCAGCUCUCGGGCACGGGCGAGCCUGUCAGCGGCGACGAUCUCGUUCGCAUCGAAUAUACCCUGCUCGCCGACGAUGUGACUUGGAUCCAGAACGUCACCAACGCUCGCACGGGGGCUUAUUUGUCUAGUUACUCCUAUCCGGCGGGGCCGUACAUGACGGGGUACGGAACUGGCACCGAAUGCGAUGAUGAUUGUUCCGGAACCGUCGCCGCCCAGACAUACAUCAACACGACCAUCACCCUGCGCAGCGCCGAUCCCGACUUUGGCGACACCAUCGCCGUCGCCGAGGGAGGCACCUAUACCGAUCUGGCCUCCAGCGAGGGCGGCAAGGUCUGGUCCAUUGCCACCAUUAGUAUUCCCGCCAUGACGGCUGCCUCUUCUGCUGCCUCUGCUGCCUCUGCUGCCACUUCUGCUGCUGCUGCUGUUGGCUCUUCGGUGCCUGAGGCAUCUGCUGCUGAGACCCCUGUGCCUGAGGCAUCCACUUCAGUGCCUGAGGCUUAUUCAGUUCCUCAGGCAUCUCACAUGCCUGAGGCAUCUACUAUGCCUGCAUCCGCUGUUGAGACUCAACCUUCUUCUGCUUCCCCCUCCAAGUCCAAAGCCUGCAAGGCCUCCUACUCCUCCGUGGCCGUCAACGUCGACUCCGCGACCACCGUCGCCGUCGCCGUCGCCGCCGCCGACUCGGGCUCGACAACAACCCCUGCCGCUGUUGCUGUGGCCGAGACCUCCGCCGUCUCCGUCUCCGUCGUCACCUCGGUCGUCACCUCCACCGUCGUCUCCACGGUCGAGGUCACCGUCACCUCGCAGUCUCCCUGUGGUGCCUCUGACGGCUCUGGUGCCUCUCCCUCUGGCUACGGCCACGGCCACCGUCUUCGUCGUCACUAGUGGUGGCAUUCUAAGCUUCAUUGUAUGUAACUGGUUCAAUGCAGCUGGUUCUGUAUUAGAUAUACUGCUAGCUAUGUGGACAUUGUUCCAC